GUGAUAUAAAAAUGGUUACGUGAAUGAAUCGAUUCACGCCUCAAGUCGAGUGAUAUGAAUGAGUCGUCACCAACCACAUAAAAGUACCCCGCGUUUGACACGCGCCCCAUCAGCUCAGCUAGCUACCCCGACCACUCUCAGACAUCUUCUUGCACCAGAGAGAUACGCCCGUUGCAGCCAACUUCAGCGGCCCAUUACUCACGCCAUCUCUGCCCGCGUGGCACAGCUCGGGCGGCAGCAUCUCCAGCUUCUCGCAGUGCAGACCACCGACACCCUCACACACGCCUCACACCUUCGAGGCUCAACGCAAACGGCGGGCCGCCCUGACGCACGCAACGCACAGCACACAAAUGGGGAGUCUGACUUAAAAUAGCAUUGCCUACCUCCUUGUCGCAGAUGGGAAAGAUGGCGACCAUCAGCAGCCCGUUGUCCUUGAGCAGCGAGUGCAUCUGCUUCGCCCACGCAGCCUGUCGACACACAACGGACAACAAACAAUCAGCAAUAGGCAGCCGUCCUUGUUGCAAGCUACGUUUCUCACUCUCAUGUCUGGCUGUAUGGCGCAAAGGAAGGUGUAGUCAAAUAUGAAGUCAAACGAAGAGGGGCGGUCGUAAGUGAAGAAGUCCGCCGUUUCGAUGCUCCACUUGCCGGGCAAAUCAAGCCCUUUCAGAUAAUCUGACACAACGGGGCAGGGCAAGGCAAGGCAAAGACAGGCAGACAGGACACAGAUGCUGCUGCCGCUGCUGAUCCACUCACUCACUCACUCACUCACUUUGUUCCUCACCUCUUGCGACGUUUGCGCCCGUUUCAGAUAUGUCGAGGCCAAUCACCUCUCGUGACAGGUCAGACAGCGCACCCACGUCAUACCCACGACCUGAAUGAAUGAAUGAAUCAAUCGAUGGCAGCAGCCUCAGCUGAAACUCCUCAGCCUUUGCUUGUGUGUGCGAGUAUGCUGACCGCAUCCCGGCACGAGUGCCUUGCCCUUGGGAAUCACACCAUCAGCCACAUACUUGACCAACACGGGAGCUGACACGCACAGCAAUGACACACACACAACAGAGAGUCUGCUGCACACAGGUAUGGCCUUUGCAUAAAGCCAGCCUCUCUCUCUGUUUCGCGGACUUGGCUUUGAAGUGUCCCAUUCGUCACCCGGCGCCACCCCUUCCUGCCAGUUACUCUGCAAGGCAGACAGACAGACAGGCAGACAGAUCGUCACGCGUGACAAACGAUUAAUCAAUGAAUCAAUAACUCAGUCACCCCACCUCCCAGAAUGCUCCGUCCUGCGCUGAUGGCAUCAUGCGCCUGGCCCUCUGUCUGACGAAAGACCACAGCAGAGAAGAGAAGGGCCGCUGCGGCUGAUUAAAGGUGAAGGGUGGCGUUGUGCGCAGCGUAGACUGAGCGAGGGUCAGAAGCAAGGGAAGCAAAGAUCCGCGUUCCAACGACAACA